AUAUUAUGUCUUUCAAUCAUAGCAUUCGAGUCGCGGCGUAAACCUUUCGUGUGGUGAGACAAAAGACGAAGCUAACAGCAACCCGUCGCAGACUCGAACAAUUUCUCGUGAUCGAUGGCGUCCCCGCCCGCCUCAAACGAUACCACGCAUCGCCUUUCGCACCGCCCCAGGAGAGACAGAGGCGAAGCAAAGGAGACGACGCGUGGAUACGCAGCAUCUAACCUCCAGAACCUAUGGGAUAGCCAGGAAAUGACACAAUAUCAAAUACCACGAGUGGCAGGAAGCCUAGCGACAUCAGCCUCGCAGAUCCACUCGUUCGCUGGAUCACAGGAGAGCACAUUCUCUUCGGAUCUGUGGGCAAGUCAGAAUAGCGCCGUUGAUCCAAAUUCGAGCCAACAGCUUGGAUAUCCAGUUCCCACUGUUCUACAGGGACAUAUACCUCACAACACUAUCACCAGUAGUGUUUAUCCGCAAGGCUUGCAAGACUUUAACGUUCAAAUGCCCACUACUUCGAACUUAGGGCCCUCGCCGUACAGCCAGAUGAAUUCACAUCCUAGCCCUAACCAUCUUGUUACCAAUCAUCAGGGGCAAUACAUUCCAGAUCUCGUCCAAACUCAAGGAUUUCCGAUUUCAAACACCAAUUAUCCACAGUUGUCGAACGAUCUUCGGUACGGACAUAUUCCGUCUCCACGUGUCGAGCGAGGUACGAGCCGAGCGGACAGAGGCCAAAGUGAUCAGGCUUAUAAUCGAUUACUUCUCAUCCGGACUUAUCAGUUGAUACUUCACCAUCGACCUUCGCGUCAGGGAGUGCAAACCAGAGCAACGCACAUCAUGAACAGUACGAAUACGGUACUGCAGGUGGCUGCAACGGCAACAAUGAAUAUUUCAGCGAUCGGAGCAUGUUACCAGAAAGUGGCCAAACGCAAAAGGACCAGGUGCAUCCAUCAUCAACACUUCAAUCUCCCCGUGGAAAUUCCAGAACCAGACGCUCUCAAGACUCGCCUAGUCCAGAAGCUGCCACACCUCCAUCGCCCAGUGAAUCGUGUGACUUCUGUGGCAAAAUCUUGACAGGUCCGCAUGCCAAAGGGAAUCUUCGGCGGCACCAGAAGACUUCGGAAUGUCCAGCGCCUCUCCAAGGCCAAGCGUAUCAUUGCAAGUAUUGUCCCAAGUUGUACAGACGGUCCGACGCAUUGCGGAACC